AUGCUGUGUGUCAGAAAGAGGGAGGGAGAGACGGAGGAGUGCGCUAUCCUGGAGGCUUGCAAACUGAGGCUGCAGCGCAGGGUGGAGAUUGCCCUCUACUGGACCUUCCUGGAACAGGUCCUCAGACUGGCCAAGGUACCAACGAUUGGCACUCACUAAGGCCUUGUCACACUACUGACUGAGACAAAGAUUUCUGGGAAAAUUGACUAGAACGUUUUCGGGAAAGUUACCUGGGAAAAUUACCUGGGAAAUUACCUGUGUGUGAAAAUCUAUAAUAUCAGGUCGUUGAUUUGUGCCAAUUUGAAGUUUGAAGUUUCUGGGAAAGUUACGGAAAGGUUUCCUGGAAGGAUAUCUAGAAAAUGACCUGAAAAGUUAUAAUGGCUAAACCUCUUUUCUAGGUAUUAUCAUGGAUCCACCCGGAGAGCCAGGCCAUCAUAGCCUACAAUCCCCCUCCUGAGAAAUGUGUUUAUCUGUUCAACUUCAGAGCAUUUAAAAAGCUCCCAUUUUUCCUAUGGGAUCAGUGCACAUGCUUUCUCUUGGAAAUGUGGGCUGAUUCAUCUACCAGCUCAUGUUUGUUGCAAAUGCCAUGUCCACAUCCCAGUUCAACCCAAAUCCCAGCCUCAACCACUAACCUAAUCCUAGCUUCAUGUUCAAAUGUAUAACGUGUGCAUGUGUAUAUGUAGUAAGAGGAGGUGUGGGAGCUGCUGGGGAGGUUUGCCACCUUGCUAUCCACCAGAGAUUAUUUGCAGCAGAGGGAAAAGGAGGUGCAGGAUCAGGCUGACGGCCAACGGGGGGCACUACAAAGAUACACAGACCAGCAGAGCUUCAGCAUUCUGCAGAAGAAAAACCUGCUGUCUCAGCUACAGACAGAGCUAGACCAGAUACGCUCCAACACUCUCAGAUGGGUACCAGACCUGAUCACACACUCACAGACCUUUAGAUGGGUCCCAGAUUUACCAUGUAUUAUAGUCCAUGUGUCUCUGUCCAGACUAUAAAACGUUUUUUGGGGGGGUUCAGGAGAGCACAUGGUACCACAUCCAAACCACAGCAGUAAAGGAGACGCUUCUAUUGGGCCAAAUCAAAGAGGUAACCUUUAGCCUUUACCACAUGAUGGGCGGGACCGCAGGGCAGGAAGAGGGAGUGGCCAUCAAUGACACAGUGACCCAGCUGGAGAAGGUUAGUGAUGUCAUUAUGUCAUAG